AUGGGAUCGUGUCUAUCAUGUCUAAUAGGAAAUAGUAACGAUGAUGAGUAUAAUGAAACAUCGUCAUUAUUAAGAAACCAACAUUUGCAUCAACAAUAUUCAUCGGAUUAUUUGCAAGAAGAACAAAUAAUGAAACAACAGCAAAGACAACAAGAGUUGACCUCUAUUGUCAAUGAAUUGAAUGAUAAACUUAUUGAUGUGACUUCUUUCUUAAAUGGUAGUAGUUCUUUGCAUAGUGUCAGUAACAACAAUUUAAGUAUUAAUUUGAAUGGCAACUCCAGUGGAGAUAAUCUAGAAAAUGAAGAUGAUAAUGGGCAUACAAAGACAUUCCCAUAUGUUUAUUCAAAGCAAGAAAGGGAUGAAGUGGCAAAUAAAGCUAAUGCUGUUGGAGAUGAUAUCAAACAAACUUGCAAGAUAACAUCACUGGAACCAUUAUAUAUUAAAUUUUAG